AGGAGGCGAGCCAAUGUCUCGCGCGGUAUAUAGAAAUGCGUUCCAUACUUGAACACAUUGAUGCUUGCCUCCCAGUUACUACACUAAAGGCAUUUGCUUUCGGAGAUGUCAGGUUGAUUCUCUCGGGUCAAGGUCCAUAUGCACGCCUCAUCCAGGAAACUAGUGGGGAUGUCCUUGCGGAAUUGAGAUGUUUCAAAAGAAGCAACAUUCAUGGCUUUGCGAUCCUUCGUGAAGCAGAGCCCAAUGUGGACGUGACUAAUGUCCAGCUCUUAGCAUGGGGAGAUCGAUCCCUGAGGCUAAUCGACUUACAUUGUGUGAGUAGUGAUGCGGCUCGGCCUGUAGUAUCACUUUCAGCUACAAGCGCAGAGUACCUAGCGCCAGACUGGGUUCUAGCUGGCUGCGCACCGAGCACUACCAAUGAAAACAAUGUGGCUUAUUUGGUUACUGCUCAUAACGCUGUUCUUGGUCUGACUGUGGUAAACGGCACCUCCUCAAAAUAUGAAAAAGCGAUUCAUAUACAGCAGCUGGUGGUGGGAGUCAAGUCCAUACUGUAUUCCGCCGAAGUCAUACCAAUUUCUCCAUCCCAUUUCUUGAUUGCGGCCGGAACGGUCUUUGGUGAAAUAAUAGUAUGGUCGUGUUUUCUUUUUAAUGGCGAAGGCUCUGCCGCGGAUGCAACUAGCUCCAUACAUCAUUUUUUUACCGGUCACGAAGGGUCAAUUUUCGGGGUCCAGAUAUCCUCCCGGAUUGCUAAUUUGCAUGGAGAUCUUUCGGGACGAUUAUUAGCGAGCUGUAGCGAUGACCGGACUAUCAGAGUUUGGGACAUAUCAAACUGCGAGCACGCAUCUCCCAAUGAACACUCUCCUUAUUCAACAGAUGGGUUUGAACUCCGUUGCACUGGCUUCGGAAGCAUAAAGGACAACGGGGAACUUACUUCGGAAUCCUGUGUUGCCAGCGCGUUCGGCCAUGCGGCCCGAAUAUGGGGUGUACACUUUCUCCCAACACAAUCUCAGGGCCAUCGCCAGUUGAAUCUAGUCUCGCGGGGUGAGGACGCACAUUGCUUUGUCUGGGACCUCAGCUGGCAGUCUUCGUCGUCACAGAAAUCGGAAUUCCGCUUAACCAACAUUUGUUCCCUCCGAAACCACAAUGGCAAACAUGUCUGGUCCCUCGACAAGUACCGCACUGGCUCAGAGACAAUAAUCUACACUGGAGGGGCUGAUGGAGGCGUGAAAACCUUCAAAUUAGAAAUUCAGAAGGGUGGAGGAGUGGUAUGUACCAACAGAACGAACCAGAUUACCGCAACAGCCGAACCCGCGAAUUCGGAAAACCCGAAAGAAACAGCUAAAGUUUCCAUGAAAGCAUUUGCGUUCGUUUCUCCUGAUUGCUUUCUGUCAUCGACUACCCGAGGGGACGUCCAAAUCGGGUGGGUUGAGUCUCCAAACACAAUUGAUCGAAACAUCGUUCGGGAGACUUUGUUUUUUGAAGAGGAUCUCCGAGCAUAUUCCAUAAUAGCAGGUUUACCACACCAUGGUGUUGCCCUUGUGGGAAACAAUCGUGGGACGAUUCGACUCUAUGAGCACGCGAGCAAGUCGAUCAUUAGGGUUGCAGAAGCAGGCCAGAGACCAGUGGCAUUAUUCGCCUUGGAUUACUGUCCAAAAACACCUUCUUCAGCGGCCAAGGUAUCGUUCGUUGCAGCAUAUGGUCAUCUUGAAAGGGCAGAUUUGUUCCAUGUCUACGUUUCCGAAGACACCGAGCCUCGUGUAGAGAGAGCAUCGAUAGACUUGCCUGAGGGCUUCGGUGUGACGUGUGCGUCGUUCCUCUGCAAUAACGAAUACUUAAUACUAGGGUCCAGAUCUGGUACUCUUGUUGUAUAUCGGACCGCAGAGAUAGAUUCUCUUAAACUUCUUCUGAAAGUUAUCAGGAUUCAUAGCAAAGAAGGGGUAACCCAGAUUCUACCACUCUCCUCGCUUUACGGAGCAGCCGACACGCACGCGAAAUAUUUCCUGAGCAGUGGACGGGAUGGAUGUUACCGUAUCAGCGAGCUCGAAACGCAGGAAGACCCAGAGUGUGUCUCUAUUCACACAAUCAAUUCUUCGUCUACUCUGGGCCACAACAUAGAGGGCGCGUACAUUGAUAGGUCCACCCGAAAUCUAAUGAUGUAUGGGUUCCGGGGGAACGACUUUGUCCUCUGGGACGAGUCGAUGCAAUCAGAGGUAGCAAGGAUUAACUGCGGCGGAUCACAUCGACAUUGGGCUUUCCAGCCUAGCAGCGAAAGGCCUGGUGAUGCUCUGUUUAUCUGGGCCCAGUCAGGAUUCAAUGGCUUCCACAUAAGCUCUCGUGCCACCCGUCUCAUUCGGGCUGGGGCGCAUGGAAGAGAGGUCAAAGCAAUGGGCUCGCUUCCAUCUAUAGAGGGGAAAGGUCCUUUGUUUGUAACGGGCGGAGAGGAUACGACUUUGCGUAUUUUCACGCCAACCCAACACGAUGCUAAGGGGCCGUGGGGCGGACUUGAGUGCCUACGAGUUCUCACAGCACAUGACUCUGGUCCACAGCAUAUUGGCUGGUCCAAAGACGGCAACUUCAUGUUUACAAGUAGUGCGUCGGAAGACUUUUUGGCCUGGAGGAUUCGCUCUGUACCUUCCUUAGGGCUGGCGGCUGCUGUGUUAGGCUGCUAUCCCAAAAGCCAUCCAGGGUCAGAACUUCGCAUCACCAGUUUCGACGUCUUAGAUGUGGAGGACAAGCAGGCUGAUGCUGGCUUCCUGCUCUGUCUGGCAUAUUCAAACUCUGUGAUUAAGGUCUUCCACUUCUCCACCACGGCCCACGACGGCCAAUUUACGCUACUGGCAAGCGGCACCUACACAAGCAAUUGUCUCACAGAGGCACGGUUCCUACAAAGCCAGUCUUCAUUGCACCUAAUCACCGCUUCUACGGACGGACACUUUACUCUCUGGAAUUUGACCCCUGUUCUGGAGCCAUUCUAUACAAUCGCCCCGACACUCCGUCUUAGGGAGUCUCUUGAUCCGAACUCAAUCACUCCAGAAACUAUCGUAUGCGAAAACAGAUACCAGAUCCACUCGAACAGUAUCAAGUCUCUAGAUAUCGCCCGUCUCUCAGAUACUACUGCACUGGUGAUCGCGGGUGGUGAUGACAAUGCCGUGACGCUAUCGCUGUUGAAGACCGAUUCCCACGACACCGAAAUGAGUGGAUGCACCGGCACAAUUGCUAUUCCCGACGCCCACACGGCAUCUACAAAUGCUGUUAAAAUCAUUGCGCAACAUACAUGCGAUGGCGACAGGACAAUUCAGAUCACCUUCGCUUCAUCCGGAAACGAUAACCGGAUCAAGAUCUGGCAGGCAGACGUCGACAUGCAGACAACCCAAGGAAUAGAUGCGAUUCACGUCCGGAAUGUGGAGGACCGGUACUGUCCUGUAUCGGAUAUUUCGGCCCUGGACGUUGUUCGCGAUGAACAAGGGGGCCUCAAGCUCCUUGUUGGCGGAGUGGGCAUGGAAUUGUUCAGCGUUCAUCUCCGUUAGCUGCACCGAGACUAGAGCUGUAUAUAUUUAUGAGAUGAUGUCUGAAACGCUACUGCAUACAUAUAGAGAAAAUAGACGUGAGGAGCUUC